AUGAAAGCAUUCGUCUUUCUAUGCGUUGUGGCGGCGGCGGCCGCGAUGCCGACAAAAGAAGAUGGGGUCAUGGAGAAGUUUGUCUCAACGCUGCGAGACUGUGUGGAUACGGAUACCAUGCUGUGUUUAAAGGAAAAAGCCAUGAAAUUCACGGAAAACUUGGCUGUGGCCAAAGAGCUGAAUCUGGUAGAUGGUGUCAACUUCGCCAGGACCGGUUCACCAAGGUCAGCCAGGAGCUAUGAUCCUUUGCCCGAUGAGCCAAAAGCCAGAGAGCUUCAGAUGGAAGAGAGAAUUAUGGACAACGUUGUGGACUUCCUGGACAGCCACGUUCUACAGCUGAGAAUGCCUAAAGCUUUCACUGAAGAUAACUCUAUUGAAGAAGAAGGUCGUGGCAAGAAGAAGAAGAAGUUGAAGAAGCUCCUCCCCAUCCUUGCUCUCAUUAAACUGAAGUUAACUGCUCUGAUCCCUCUCUUCUUGGGUAUCAUUGCUUUCGCAGUAUUCAAGGCUUACCUCCUCGGAAAGGUUGCAUUCAUUGCUGCUGCCUUCGGAGCCCUGAAGAAACUUCUUGAUUCAAAGAAUAGCAAGAGCAGUGGCUGGUCAGAACCAGCUCAUGAAGAGCAUGGCUGGGAAAGCGGUGGUGGUGGCGGCGGAUGGGGAAGGUCCCAGGACGCCCAAAACAUGGCGUAUGGAGGCCACAUUAAACAAGCAUAA